CAAAAGCAGCCAAGGGCUCAGCACUUACUGUGGGGAGUCUGAGAGGUGCCUGUUGUUACUCUUCGUGUUCAGUUUUUGUGAUUCAGCUCCUCAGCUUUCUCUAAGACCGGGGAAGAAACUUGACCUUGACCUCAAGAGUGCAGCUUGACCCCAGUGCUACUGGAGGAAUCAGGAAACUUCUUUUCUUGUUCCCAUAAUGCCUUCCUUACGCUUAAAGAAAGUUUUAACAGCCAGAUCACCUGACCCCACAGCAGAAGGGGGCUUAGCCUAGUAAGUGCCACACAUAAUGUUUAUUCUUUUGAGGGAAAAAAAAUUGCCUCCUGGUAGGCAGCCAGCAAGUGAAGUCAAGUGGAAUUUGCCUUCACUUGAUUGUAAUCAGCUUUGUCCCUUUGUUGAUGUCACCUCAGCUAUCUGCAGUUACCGUCUUCUCAUCCCGACACUUCUCUGUCAUAAAGCUCAGCAGAGAAAAUAAACUGAGGCCAAAAUAUGGGAGUGUUCUGGCAAGAUUUGGCUGGUCGUGUGAAGUGGUUUUGCUUUUUCUGUGGGUAGGGGAUGAAGUCAGAAGUGGACGUUGUUUCGUAUGUAGGGAUCACUAUUUUUAGUUCUUAGCCUGCACCUAAUCUGCUCAGACAGAGCAAUGCCAGGCAUCCGGGCUGGCAUGAGCUGUCUGUGGGAGCUCAUCACUGGUGCUGAGUAUAACCUGAGUUUUGGAAGUGUGGAGGCUCAAACUGUGUGGUGAUUUAAAGCUCAACAUCUCACGUUCAUCUGUGUCAGCUUCUGUUUCAGGCAUGGCAGAUCUGUGCUGAAAGCUUUUCAUAAAGUCAGAUCCCAGCAUAUGGAACUGUGGCUGUGGUGGAGUUCUCUGUCGAGUGAGGGAGAUCCAGGGCUGUCCUGACUGUGGCCAAAGUGCUCCUGGGUUGGAGAGAGCAUUUACCGCACACCCCUGUCUCAGCAUGUUCCCAGCAGCCAGGACAGUGCGAGUGGGGGGAAUCUCAGUACAUGUAAGCGUUGUCAGGGCCCAUUCUGAAAAACACCAGCUGACCCACGUGCACUUGGUGCUGCCAGUGGGAAGGUUUGCCCAGGAUGUCAUCCCUCAGCUAUACAUAGCAAACUCAAAGCUCCUUACAGAGAAACCUCUUACCAGUCACUUUCCACAAAUGGUGCAUAUAUCUAAAGGUACUUAGUGAAAAUCCUUGAGAGGUAUUUAAUGCAAAAGCAGUUGGUCUCUGGUGUUUUUCAGAAGCCCUCACCACACCAGGGCAGGGAGCAGUGCAGGGCAGCUCCAGCACAGCGCUUGGGCCAGCUCUUCCUUUUGUGUGAAACCGGGCUCUGCCACCCCGAGAGCUCGCCAAGAUGUGUGACAUGGGGGGGCUCGACAACCUGAUUGCCAACACGGCCUACCUGCAGGCCAGGAAGAGCGGGGAGGCAGACACCAAGGAGAUGCAAAAGAGACGUAAGAGCCUUUCCCUGCCCAAACUUGACCAGUGCAAAGAGGAGAGAGAGUCCAUCGUGGCUGACUACGACAGCAUCUGUGAGCAGCAGCCCAUCGGCAAGAAAUUCUUCCGAGACUUCCUGGAGACGGUGCCAGAGUAUUUGGUAGCUAGGGACUUCCUGGAUGAGGUGUCAAACUGGGAGCUGGCAGAGGACAAUAUCAAGAGCAGUACCAUGGAGAAUAUGGUCACCAAUUUCCUUAAGGAAGGCUCCAAGAACUAUCUGUCUUUCAUGAGCUCUGACUUGGUCAGCAAGUGCCAGGCAGCUACCGCAAAAGACUAUGAGAAUGUCAUUCAGCUGGCCAGGGACGAAACCAAAGUCUUCCUUAAAGACAAGCCCUUCCAGGAUUUCCAGGCGAGCCCCUUCUAUGACAAAUUCAUCCAAUGGAAGGUUUUUGAGAAGCAGCCGGUAACUGAUAAAUACUUCUAUGAGUUCCGAGUGCUGGGCAAAGGUGGCUUUGGAGAGGUCUGUGCCAUCCAGGUGAAAAAUACCGGCAAGAUGUAUGCCUGCAAGAAACUGGAUAAAAAAAGGUUGAAAAAGAAAAACGGAGAGAAGAUGGCACUGCUGGAGAAAGAGAUCCUGGAGAAGGUCAACAGCCCUUUCAUAGUCACCCUGGCUUAUGCCUAUGAGAGCAAAACCCACCUGUGUCUCGUCAUGAGCCUCAUGAAUGGAGGGGAUCUGAAGUAUCACAUCUACAACGUGGGAGAACGGGGUUUGGAAAUGAAGAGGAUCAUUUAUUACUCGGCUCAGAUCACCUGUGGGAUUCUGCACCUCCAUUCCAUCAACAUCGUGUACCGGGAUAUGAAACCGGAAAAUGUCCUCCUGGAUGAUAAUGGGAAUUGCAGACUGUCUGAUCUUGGAUUGGCAGUGCAAGUCAAAGAGGGAAAACCCAUAACUCAGAGGGCCGGCACAAACGGUUACAUGGCUCCAGAAAUCCUGAAGGAGGAGGACUACAGCUACCCCGUGGACUGGUUCGCUAUGGGCUGCUCCAUUUACGAGAUGAUUGCUGGGAGAACACCCUUCAAGGAUUUCAAGGAGAAGGUCAAUAAGGACGAGGUUAGAAGGAGAACUCUGGAAGAUGAGGUGAAAUUUGAACACGCCGGCUUCACGGAGGAAGCGAAAGACAUCUGCCGGCUGUUUUUGGCCAAGAAAAAGGAGGACCGUUUAGGAAGCAGAAAUGCCGACGACGACCCGAGGAAACACAAUUUCUUCAAAACCAUCAAUUUCCACAGGCUAGAGGCAAACCUCAUCGACCCUCCCUUCGUGCCAGACCCGUCAGUCGUCUAUGCCAAAGAUAUCGGAGACAUUGCUGACUUCUCUGAGGUGCGAGGCAUCGAGUUCGACGACAAAGACAAGAAGUUCUUCAAGAGGUUUGCGACGGGGGCCGUCCCCAUCCCCUGGCAGGAGGAGAUCAUCGAGACGGGACUGUUCGACGAACUCAACGAUCCCAACAGGGUCGAGUCGGGCGGUUACGCCAACGGAGGGGAGGCCAAGUCAGGAGUCUGUUUGUUGUUGUAAAUACCUUGUCGCCCCCAAAGAGAGUAGAAACCACCUCUGAACUGCCCGUGCUCUGGCACCGUUCAGAGCCUCAGUGCAGCUGUUUGAGGAGAGCCAAGCAGGGGGAUGUGACAUUGGCAGGCCGGGUAGGACGAUGAGCUCUGUAGACUGGGUUAUUCCCCUCUGUUCUGACAGAGGAGAUGAUAUUUUUGUGCUCUGGGAGAUGUAUCGAAUGAAGAACCGUUAUUUCUCCGAGAAACUUAGAGUAGAAAUCCUGAAAUACAAAAAGCAAUGAGAGAGUGAGGAGGCAACAGCUUUUGAGAAUGACUGGUUACCGUUUUGAAUACAGUGAUUUGUUGGUUUUCUUUCUCUUUGCUUGUUACUUCUACCAACAUUCCCUCAGUCCACAGUUUCCAGGAAGGAUUUUUUAAUUUUCGAGUAAUAUCCUCAGUUAGACAGUGGAGCUCAUGUACCAUGUCAAAAUUUGGAUCCUGUUGGUUAGCCAGUCUGUCUGUUGUUUUCCUAAGUCCUGUUAGUUUUUGGAUGAUUUGAUUGUAAUAUGUUCAGAUUGUCAUAAAAUAUAAAGAAAGCUCUAUCAUUAGGAAAUAAGAACUAUUUUCAAAGUUGAUUUUAAUGAAGUGAAGAUGAGAUUGCACCAAAUCUAAUGGAAUAAAGCAUUUAUUUAUUAUUAUUAAGUGUAUUCUUUCAAGUGAUAAUACCAUACACAAAGAAAACAUAUUUGUAAGUACACAUUCUCUUUGACAGCUUUAAACUUAAUCAGGUUUCCUGAUAAUUCUUCUGUAUAUUAGUGAUAAAUUAAGCUACAGAUAGACCAAAGCAAUAUGUUAUUGGCUUUUUACAAGACAUUUAUUUCAGUGCAAUACAGGUUUUACUUCAGUAAAUGCGUUAUCCUGUUAAGUGCUGUAAUGGUGGAAAGGUUAUGUAUGCAAGUUGAAACUAUCUUCAAACGUUUAUUGAUUCUCAUGCAAAUUUUGAUGUGUUUUUAUUUUUCAAUUCUAUGACAACCUGAAUUGAAUUAAUUGGAAACAUUUCGGUCAAUACUUGCUCCUGGAGAAGUGUGUCACUCACGAGAGGCCUCCUGCUGAUCUUCUGUGGUAAGAAAGUAGGCAGCAGUUUGUUUGCACAGCUUUUAAACUGAUCCUGCAUGCUGCUUGUGUCAUCCAG